AUGAGCCAUCUUACCAUCUUUGUGCUGCUAUAUCUGUCAGUCUGCUCUGCUUAUCCUCUGAAUGGAGCAACAAAGAAGGAGGACCCAAACAUGGAUCUUGUCCAGCAAUAUCUACAAAAGUACUGCAACCUUGCAAGAGAGGUGAAACUGUUCAUCAGAAGAAAGAGUAAUAGCCCUGUUGUUAAAAAAAAAUUCCAAGAAAUGCAGAAGUUCCUGGGGUUGGAGGUGACAGGGAAGCUGGACUCAGACACACUGGAGGUGAUACAUAAGCCCAGGUGUGGAAUUCCUGAUGUUGGAAGCUUCACUACCUUUCCUGGCAUGCCAAAGUAGAGGGAAACUCACCUUACCUACAGGAUUGUGAAUUAUACACUGGAUUUGCCAGUGUAUAGGGAUGCUAUUGAUUCUGCGAUUGAGAAAGCUCUGAAGGUCUGGGAAGAGGUGACCCCUCUUACAUUCUCCAGGAUUUAUGAAGGAGAGGCUGACAUAGUGAUCACUUUUGCAGUUAGAGAUCAUGGAGACUUUAUCCCUUUUGAUGGACCUGGGAAGGUUUUGGUUCAUGCCUACCCACCCGGGCUGGGGAUUUUCAGAGAUGCUCAUUUUGAUGACGAUAAGCGAUGGACAAGGGAUACAGACCCUGGCACUCCCAAGCACGCUUGCUCUCCGGAACUCACUGCCACGGUCUCCCAGGCUCCAGGGCCCCGCAGGGCUACUGCAACUUUUUGGUUUCAGGAUGCAAGCUCCUGGAAUGGCAUGGAGACUUGCCCUUCUGCCAAAUUACACCAUGGCGAGCUCUAUGAGACUAAUUUAUUCCUCAUUGCAGCUCAUGAACUUGGCCAUCCCCUGCCUCUCCAUUACUCUGCCAACACUGAAGCUUUGAGGUACCCAAUCUACAACAAAUUCACAGACCUGGCCAGGUUCCACCUUUCUCAAGAUGAUGUGAAUGGCACUCAGUCCCUGUAUGGACCUCCCCCUGCUUCCCCCGAUGAGCCUGUGGUGCCCACAGAGUCCGUUCCUCCUGAAACUCCAGCCAUGUGUGAUCCCACUUUGUCCUUCGACACAGCCAGCACUCGGAGGGGAGAAUUCCUGUUCUUUAAAGACAGAUACUUCUGGAGAAGGCAUCCUCAGCUACAAAGCGUCGAUCUCAGUUUUAUUUCUCUGUUCUGGCCAUCCCUGCCCAGUGGUAUACAGGCUGCUUAUGAGGAUGUUGACAGGGACCUAGUUUUCCUAUUUAAAGGCAACCAAUACUGGGCUCUCAGUGGCUAUGACAUUCAGCAAGGUUACCCCAAGGAUAUAUCAGACUACGGCUUCCCAAGCAGUGUUCGAGCAAUUGAUGCAGCUGUUUCCUACAGGGCAAAAACGUACUUCUUUGUAAACAACCAGUUCUGGAGAUAUGAUAACCAAAGACAAUUCAUGGAACCAGGUUAUCCCAAAAGCAUAGCAAGUACCUUUCAAGGAAUAGAAAGUAGAGUUGAUGCAGUUUUCCAGCAGAAUCACUUCUUCCUUUUCUUCAGUGGACCCAGAUAUUAUGCAUUUGAUCUUAAUGGUCGCAGAGUCACUAGGGUUGACAGAAGUAAUCGAUGGCUUAAUUGCAGAUAAAGUUGAAGCAAAAUCAAAUGUGUUUGUAUCCAUUUUCUGAAUAUGAAAGGGAAGUCUAAGUUGUAUAUCCAUGACAUAUAUCCUACUUAUAUUUUUAUCAACAGUAAAUAAUGUUGUUUGUUAUCACUAUAUUCAUUGGACCUAUCCUCAGUGAAAACUACAUUUGGCGUAUUCCACUGUUUUGCAGUGUCUGAUCUAGUUCUUUUAUAUUCCAUCUCAUGUUAGUGAACCCAUCACAAAAGAAGGAGAUUAAGUCCUCUUUGUCACCCCAAUAUUUACUAUUUCAUUGCUUGCUUAGCUGACUUUUAAAUGCUUAUAUGUUCCUAAGUCUCUUUAAAUAUAUCUUAAGUAUACUGUUACAUGCAAUUUAACACUGGAUUUUGGUUAAAAAUAUUAUGUACAACUUAGACAGUACCCCUUGAUUCUAUGAAAAAUGUAGUGCUGUUUUCUGCUCCUGGAAAGAAAUAUUGUUGACACAUGUCAGUUGAAUUUUGUUCACCCUCAAAAAGACACGUUUAAGUCUAAACAUCAGCUAUCUAUGAAUAUACCAUAUUUGGAACUAAAGUCCUUGAAGAUGUAAUAAGUUCAUAUGAGUUUACACUGGAUUAUGUGUCUUUAUGAGAAGAGACAUAAACACACAGUGGAGAAGGCCAUGUGAAAACAGAGGUGAGACUAAAGUAACGCUUCUAUAUACCAAGCCUGCCGGAAACCAGCAGAAGCUAGAAAGAAGGAAGGAAGAAUCUUCCCUGGAGCCUUCGGAGAAAAGAACUUGACCUGCCCUUCAUCUUGAUUUUGGAUCCCUAGCCUCCAGAAGUAUGAUAGAAUAAAUAUUUGUUGUUUUAAGCUA